AUGGCGAGCCUCACGUGCAAUGAGCAGGGAGCGCUGCGCUUGUUUCGGCAGGCGUACCAGGACACUGGCAUUGAUGUGUGCGUACUCACAGCAGGCGGAGCAGACCUAUGGGAAUGCCAGACAUCCGGCUUUCUGUUCUGGAGCUGGACUUACAUGGUGAACACUGUCAGCAACCCUCGUCUGCUGCCGGCGAGCGAAGUGGCACGGCAAGGAGGGCUCCGGCUCAAGGCACAAGACCUGGAGAGCUUGGUGUGCAGCUUCCUUGUCUACCUGAAGCGCGAGUCUGGCGACCGCUGGGGUAGCCUCCCUGUGGCCCUGGUGGCCGACGAGUUCAGGACAUGGCUGGUGGGAGGCCCGCGCCUAAAGCCGGGAAGGGUGCCUUUGUGCGCACGCGAAUGGGCGGAUGGGCAAUUGCGAGAUGACCUCAUCUCGCGAAUCCGCCUGGCUCGUCACUUGCACGACUCCUGCUUGCACGUGCAGCUGCCCGUGGCGGGUUUCGAUCAGAAUCGCUUCAAGAACUUGAUGUGGCACCUCGAAUCGCAGCUGCGCGAGAUUCUGGACUUCGCAGACAAGCACCAGAGGCAGCACACCUUCACCGAAAGAAUGCAGCGGCUGGCACGGAAGCUGAAGGAGGUGGUCUCCAAAGGCCUACACUUCAGCUACCAUGUUUUCCAGCCCCGGCAGACUGAUGGGGGCUUCGCCCCCAGCGCUUUCCUUCAGAGCCCUGAGGAGCAAGGCUUUCGUCGCACGGUGUUCGGUCGACUGCUGACCGAGUUCCUGAACGACGCCUGCGUCCGUGAAGCCCUGGACCUGCCACAUCUACAAGUCGCCAAGCCAUAUUUUCCCGUGUUGGAGAGUAGCUUCCAGGCCUUGGAAAUGCGCGUACCACAUGCGCCCCAUACGCCAGACACGCCACACAUGCCGUUGCUGGACUCAAGCUGCUCUGCCGCCGGUGCUCCGUCCUCGGUAGUCUCAGCAGAGGACGUUUUAGUGCUAAGCGCGAGCCCUUCGGCGGACCCGCAUGCACCUCUGGGCAGCGAGGCUGGCCAUUGCCAGCACCUGCGCCUCUGCGUGGAGGAUGGAGGCCUUGCAGACACGAAAGUCUGCGGUUUAGGUUCCGAGCAGAUGCACAAAGUGGCACUGCACAUCGGCCGACUCCUGACAGCCCUCUCGGCGAUGAGCCGAUGCUGCUGCUUCUUCUCCAGGCAGGCCGACAUGUUCACAGGGUUUGGGAGGCUCUUCCUGACGGAUGCGAGCGUGAAGGGCAUGUUCGACAACUUCCUGGACCUGCUGCGCAGCAGCUCGAAAAGUGCCAGCGCCGAGCUUGCGGCGCUCACGGCUGCAGCCGAGCUGGCUUACAACAAGGUGACAGUCAAUGCGUCGAGGCCUCCACGAGGUCAUCAGUCAACCUGGGUCCAGAACUACCAGUUUGCUCAGGCGCACCUACAAGCGGGCGCAGCGGCCCUCUUGGAGGUGAGCGACUUAGAGCAGGAAGUCCGGCAGGAGCUCGAGAGCCUGAGCUACUUGGAAGUCGUACAGGAGAUGCAGAACACGGCCCACUUCGUGCAAGCUUUGUGGAACCAGUCCCUCAAAGACUUCCAUGGCUGGCGCGACUUCCAGCCCCAGAUCGUCGGCGCCCCUGCGCAGGCUGCGUUGCGAUCUGGGCUGGUCGAGGACCCGCCGGCGGCCAGGAACAUCAUGACCAUCGAGGACUUCAUCCACGAGUCGCGGCCCCUUGCCCAACGAGCCUACUCGCAACUCGCAGACUCGACGCGCGAGUCCAACCCCAACUUGGAGCCGAAGUUCGACCGGCGGAAGAUUAACAUCGCAGUGGUCGGGCAGCUGAAGGCAUGCAAGACGAGCCUGCUGAACAUGCUCCUCAUGAGCGAGCAGCCAGGCGUAAGGCUCAGGCAGCCUUUCAACCUGCUGCCUGUGGGCAACAAUUCGAAGACCCACAGCUUGUGGCGCAUCUCAGCCAACGACCGGAAUGUCAUCUCCGCAAGUGUCCGAAACAAGGCAGGGCAGAACUUGAGAUCGGGGGCCGAACCCCCCCUGGACCUGGAUGCACUGAGGAACAUGCUGCCAGACCUCCAGAAGCUGGCUUCCAAGCAUGGCGCCUGCACCAUCGUGAUCAAGCUGCCGAAGCUGUCCACCUUUCUGGACACUGACGGCGCGUCCCACACGUGGGAGAGGCCAGCCAUCUUGGACUAUGCCGACCUUUGGGACACGCCGGGGCUCGGGGACACCACCUCCGGCCUCGAUUGUGAUGCUGCGGUAGCCCGGCUCCUCGAAAAUGAGGCGUGCGUGUUCCUGUGGUGCAUGCCCUACAGCCAAGGAGCCCCGAGCACGGCGUGCUGUGACCUCAUCUUCAGUCUGGCGGAGCGGGCCCCCGGGUGCAUCCUGCCCGUGGUGACCAAGGUCUCCGAGGCCGAGAAGACGGUUGCUGAAGGAGCUUGGCAACUUCCUCCCAGCUCCUGUGAGUUGCUACAGUCCUAUGCCAUACAGGCAAGCGAGGCGAAACAUGCAUUGGACCUUGCGGAAGCCGCCAAUCAGUCAGCUGCCGCUGAUCGAGCACGUGAAGAUCAGGUCCCGAAGUCGUCAAUUGACCAGCUUUACGACUCGGUUCGCCCCCUGGUGAAUGUCAACAAGCCCUAUGACCAGCACGUGCACCUGGACAACAAGCGGCGCAACUUAGAGGAAGCACUGCAACACUACCACUACGCCAUGGACAUCGACGACCUUUGCUCCAAGAUCCGCCUGAUGGUGCCGAAUUCGGUCGUGGCCUUUGCAGGCUUAGGGCCAUGUGCCCGCGCCACGGAGCAAGACCAAAACUUGCUCAAAGCCCUUACCAACGUGCUCAAGUCAGAGUUCAAGCAGAACUCAGAGGCCUACCAAACCCUGGCGGAGCUCGCGCGGCUGGAGUCCACGGUGGCCUCCGCGCUUGCCAAGAUCUACAAUGUCGUCAUGCCGCACGCCCUCCUCGACCAGGCGACGGCCAUCAAGCAUGUCAUUGAUGACGCCUGCGCUGAGUACGAGCGGGAGCGCACGAGAAUCUUCGAGGACCUGGAGGCAGGCCUUGUGGGGGUGAUCCAGCAGGCGCAUAGCCAGGUGAUCGCCGAGCAGGGGUUCAAGGAGUUUCUCGAGGGCCGCCCGGCCUACCUCCAAAAGCUACUGGACGCCUCCAUGGCCAAGCUCCGCCACUACGCCGACCGUGAGGUCACCCUGCAGAACAACCUGCUGGGCCAGGUGGCUGCAGAGACCUGUCGCUGGCUCCGCCAGCACUUUCCAGGGCAGCAUGGAUGCCUGGGGAAAAACGUUGAGGUCACGGUGAGCAAGGCGGAGCUGGAACUCCUCGUGUCCAGCCUCGGCACCACCAGGAACUACGACGACCUGGAGCUGAAGAUGGACCUGGUUCUGGGCGGCCAGAAGCUCCCGGAAUACAGCAUCCUACGCCUCUACCAGACGCCAGGGGAGGAUGCUCGAAUUUUACAUGGCCGAAAUCAUUUGGAGCAGCUUGCGCAGCUUUGGAAUUGGUCCACCCAUCCUGAAAUGCGACUUCACAUCGACACGUGGAUGGCGCAGGAUGUGGGCAACAUCGUGACCAAGCCGGGUCUCGACGACUUCACCAUGGUGGGGCAUCCCGUCGCCUUGAUGGGUGGGCUCACUGGCUCCACGCUGACGAUCGGCCGCUGGAUCAUGAUGCUGCAGGGGGUGGAGUUGACGAACCCAGCCGGGUGGCUGAUCUUCUUCGGCGUGAGUGUGGCGGCGAUGACCGCGCACAUGACCUGGACGCACGAUGAAGCGCAGCAGCACUUGGCCAGUCAGCUGCACAGACAGGUGGUGGAAGCCAAGUCAGAUACUGCGGCCUCGACCAGAAUGCUGAAGUCCACGAUGCACGGCCGGUGCGGCCAAGUUGUGCGAGGGUUCCUCUCGCGCCUUGUUGGGGAUCCUCAGGCGCAGAGAUCACUUGAUGCCCGGGAGAGCCAGAUGGCUGGGGAGCUUCAGCGCUACCGAGAACAGGUUCACCAGCUACUGGAGGAUCAGGUGGCCGAGCUCAUGCUCGAGAGAAGCCGCAGCAAGAUCCAGUCUCGGAGCUACUGCUCCAAGCGCGCUUUGGGUCCCGGAUCCUCACGUGCCAGGGAGGUGUCUGAGAUUCCGGACUCUCCGGUGAUGCUGAUCCGGUCGUCGGAUGGCCGACUGGAGGUGGUCAACGUGGCCAACGCGGGCUCCUGCGGAGAGAGGAUGAACCUCGACCCUCUGGACCUGCCACCAGUGAAGUGCUGGUGCCUGGACUUUCUGCGGCACGCCUAG